AUGGAAUCGGGCAGCCACCAGUCGCAAGAGCCGGACGUUGCGACCCAGAUGACUACCUUAGCUGUCACGGAAAUCACCAGUAAGAUGAAAAGACCAAGUCUCAGAUCAAAAAAUGCUCAACUGCGUAAAAAAACACUUGGAAAAACGGUGAGAAGCCAGAGGACACAGGCGCUACCUGAAGCAGCUCAUUCUGGCAGACGACGUCGCACAUCCUCUCCACGUGAAAUCGAAGACUUCAAUGGAUUCCGUCUCUCGGUGCAAUGUCCCUUGUUAACGGACGCACAAGCAACACGCCUGGACCACGCAUUGAAAGGCCUACCAGUGCAGAUGCAGGGCAUACAAAUCGACAAUGUGAACAGAUUGGCUCAGCUAGUGCAGCUCAGCGAGGAGAAACUGUUUUCUACCAUGAACACAUUCGAUCAUGCAAAAGAUUGA